CCAGUGUUAGCUAACCGCUCGGUGGUACCGCACGCGCGAAGUCGACGGCCGUAAGCGAACGUCGGGUACCUCGUCGUCCUGCCAGCAGCAUCCCUUAGGACAGUGCCCCGGGGGAUCCCAUGUGGGUCGCCACCAGAAGUCAACAUGCUGGACCUAGUGAAGAGAGUAAGUAUGACGGGCGGCCCCACGUAUAGCGCCCGCGUGAAUCUUCGGAAGAAAGACAAAAAUGUGAAACACUGCGUCGUGAUACGGCCAAGGAGUUUGUUGUGCGGAGGGAAUUCUGAAGAACUCUACGGGAACAGCAUUCAGCAGCAGAGCAACACUUGGAAGUUCCACAGGCCCAAGUCCCUGAGUGAUGUAUCACCAGCACCCCCCGUAAACCAGGGCUCACCAGUGCGGUGUGCCCCCGCAAGAACCAAUAUGGAGAGCCCCAAGAAGUCUCCCCAGAGCAGCCCCGCAACUGCUGACAAGGCCACGGUUAAGGUUCAUCUGCCAAAUGGUGGUUUCAAUGUAGUUAGAUAUGGCGAUUCGAUCGACAUCAAGGGUAUCAUAUCAACAGUUACAGAACGGCUGUCAACAGGGGAGAGAUAUUAUAAUGGACUUUACGCUAUGAGAUUAUCGAGACCACCCUCAAAUGAGAUGCACUGGUUACACCAGGAUAUAACAAUGCAGCAGGUCCAUGAAAAAUAUCUAAAAAAACACCCAAAUUCUGAGUGGAGGUAUGAUCUUCGAGUUAGAUAUUUGCCUACUAGUCUUAAGGAACUUCAUGAUAGGGAUAAAGUCACCUUCCAUUAUUAUUAUGAUCAGGUCAGGAAUGAUUAUCACACCGAACUGUAUAAGAAAAUCGAUCAAGAAGUGGCUGUGCAAUUGUGUUGUCUAGAAAUACGUAAAUACUUCAAGGACAUGCCCCAGAACGUCCUAGAUAAGAAAUCCAAUUUCGAAUACUUGGAAAGGGAGAUCGGCAUGCAGAAAUUCAUACCAAAUAGCGUUUUAGAGAAGAUGAAAUCCAAAUCAUUGAGGAAGAGCAUACAGGCUCAGUUUAAGAAAUUCGCGCACCUCACCGAUGUUGAGAGCAUGUUCAGGUUCUUGGAGAUACUGAAAUAUCAUACAAACUUCGAUCAAGAACGGUUCCGGGUCGAUUUCGGGAGCAGCUUUACAGUCCCGGUCGAAUUGGUGAUAGGUCCUGACAUUGGUAUAUCACAUACCAAUGUUCAGGAGUCGACGACGAAGAAAAUAGCCGACUUCGAUCAAAUACAAGCCAUUCAAACACUAGUCAGCGAUUGCGAUGAACAUACCAAAGCCACUUUACAGUUAAGGGUCGCCGGGACACAGGAAGUGUUGUUUUUCACCUGCCCGAACUUGGACGUCGCGGAAAGCUUAGCGGAUCUUAUCGACGGUUAUUGCCGGCUGCAUUCUGGUUCGCAGACUUCCAUUUGCAAUAGAAAAGCUACAGUAUGGAAACAAUUUCCUUGUCCUUGUAAAGACCAAAAUCCUUCAAAGCAUAAAUCGAGUAAAGAGAAUUUUUCAAACCCUACAGGCACAAUGUUGUCCGAGGAUUAUGCAGAAAUUGUUGAGGAAGGUGAUUACUCAGUUCCUGCUGCAAAAAAUUAUAGCUUGGAUAGGAACCAAAUCGAGCUUCACGAAAUAUUAGGCGAAGGUCAGUUUGGAGAUGUUCACAUGGGAACGGUUAGAUGUAAAGAUGGCACGCUCAUUCCUGUGGCUGUGAAAACUUGUAAAGGUGAUGCUGAUCUUGCCACGACAGAAAAGUUUCUGGAAGAAGCUUAUAUUAUGCAACAGUUUGACCACCAGCAUAUAAUCAAACUGAUUGGAAUCUGUUCGAUCUCGCCGGUUUGGAUCGUGAUGGAACUGGCUAAGCUGGGCGAGCUGAGAGCUUACCUCCAGAAUAAUAAGAGUCGUCUAGAUCUGGCGACUCUCCUACUAUAUGCAUUCCAGCUAUCUACGGCUUUAAGUUAUUUAGAAUCUAAGAAAUAUGUACAUAGGGAUAUAGCAGCUAGAAACGUUUUAGUUAGUACGGAUAAAUGUGUUAAGCUCGCUGAUUUCGGACUGUCGAGGUGGAUGGGGGACGAUCAGAGCUAUUACAAGGCCUCCAAGGGGAAAUUGCCAAUUAAGUGGAUGAGCCCGGAAAGUAUUAAUUUUAGGAGGUUUACGACUGCCAGUGAUGUUUGGAUGUUUGGUGUCUGCAUAUGGGAGAUUCUAAUGUUAGGUGUAAAACCAUUCCAAGGUGUGAAGAACAACGACGUGAUUGGUAAAAUAGAAAACGGUGAACGUUUAGCGUUACCGCCCGAUUGUCCCCCUCGCUUGUAUUCUUUAAUGUCGCAAUGUUGGUCUUACGAACCAAGUAAAAGGCCUAGUUUUAAGGACAUCAAGGAAAUACUUCAGGAGAUUUUAUCUGAAGAAAGAAGUGCUCAACAGGAAACGCUACGGAGAGAAAACCGUAGAGCUGCCGCCAUGUCUUGGGGCCCCAAUGACGAUUUCGCGCCCCCACCAAAGCCUAAUAGGUAUCCCAUGCAAGCUGUGGAUUCAACAACUUUUGCAUCGAUGGAGGGACCAAACUCAGUAUCCCAGACGUACAUAGUAGCUCAAAAUCCAGAAGUUUUAGCACAUCUCAUGAAAGAAAAUGAGAAACGUGGAUUCAGUCCAGCAGCAUACAAUACACCAGCUUCGGUAUUUAAUACAGUAUCUGUUGAUUUUCAAAAGAAAGACGAUGCUCCCGAACCCGUCUUAAUCACCCAACCCAUUCCCAUCCAAAACCUCCACAAGUUAGAUCCGGAGGUUCCAGAAAACGCAGCCGGAGUCGAUCAAAUAAAAAAAAUUGGUACUUUAGAACGGACCCCCUCUCGUACUAGUACUGGAAGCGCCACCCCAAAAAUGAAUUCCCUAGAGAGGAAAUCUUCUGAGAAUUCCUCUCCGAAAUUGAAUUCUUUAGAGAGAAAUACUCACUUAGUCCAUAGUUCACACAGCAGCUUAGACAAAUCGGGUGUCUUCAGUCCAAAAUUGGGAUCGUUAGAACGUAAAUCGCGAAACACUUCCCCUAAAAUGGGAUCCUUAGAGAGAAACGGUAGUCAGACAGCUGCGUUUUCCCCAAAAAUGGGAUCUCUGGAUCGCAACACCCAUAUAUCUCCCCAGCAGGUCUUUUACGACCCAGAAAACGUACCCAAUUACCAUCCAAACCCUGUGAUGUACCAAUUUAGUGAUAAAACCAAAGAGAUGCAACAGUUCGAGGAGAGUAUUUAUGACUUUGGUGGCGCUGACGUUAAGAGUUGCGCUCAUAAACAACAGUUUUUCGUUCAGAAAGCCACUGCCGUGCAGAUCGAUAAUAAGUUUCAGGAACUGCGGCCACAGGCGACUUCUUCCCAACAUUCUCUUUAUGGUGAUCAACUCUUAGAAAAUGUAUGGGUCGACCCAACGGCUAACUUCAACAAUAUCCUGAAACAGAAACUGCGUCAACAACAGUUGGAAUCCGAAGAGGAUUCCAAAUGGCUGGCCGAAUCCGAGACACAUUUGAAGAAGAGGUUAAGCAUCUGUUCGCCAAUUGACCAAGAACCAACUCAAGACGCAUAUUCUAUGACUUCGCUUCCAACUAGUCCAAGUUACGUAAAUAACGCGAGUCCCGCCACCUAUCAAUUGAGCAGCAAUUUGGGGGCAUUGUCUCUGAGUGGCAAUGGAAAUGGUAUUCAGAGCAGUACAGGAUCCGUUAGUAGCAGUAAGAGCCAUUCACCACCAGGGUCUCUUACCAGUACCAUGACUGGAAAACAUCAGAUCAGUGGAUCGGAGGGUAGUGAUUCUGAAAAAUCGAAGGAAGCGGCAUCCCAGAACCCUACUGCCAAUUUGGAUAGGACACACGAUCGUGUGUACGAGUGUACGACUGAUGUGGUCAGAGCCGUUAUGGCGCUUUCCCAGGGUGUCCAACAGGCCAUCGCCGAUCAGUACCUCGAUUUGGUGAAGAAAGUUGGUUUGGAGCUUAGAUCUCUCCUAGCCAGUGUGGAUGCUAUCGUUAUUGAAUUUCCGGUGUCUUCCCAAAGAGAGGUUGAAAUGGCGCAUAAGGUUUUGUCCAAAGAUAUGGCAGAAUUAGUCAAUGCCAUGAAACUGGCACAGCAGUACAGUAAUACUACAUUAGAUGCCGAAUACAGGAAGGGCAUGCUAGCUGCUGCACAUGUCUUGGCAAUGGACUCCAAAAACCUGUUGGAUGUGGUGGACGCCAUAAGGAUACGAUAUCCCCAAAUCGACAGAACCCUGUUCAAGUCAAACGAGUCGCUUCCCGAAUCGGAUCAAAGUCAAGAUUCGGCCGAAAAAAGCGACUUCUCUAAAUCCACAGAAAUUCCUUCCACAUAUCCCCCUCCCUUGUCCCCCACUCCAGUAAGUUGCACUUUCGUUCCGAUGUAUAGUAAUAAUAUUCAGUCCACUUCAUCCUCUAAUUUAAGUACAAAUCAAACAGUUGAUAGUUAGUGUAAUGUCUUAUUUUCUCAGCAGCUAUUAUACUUUAUUUUUAUUGAGAACGAACUGUAUCGGCCUUUUUUCCAUGAAUUUUUUCUGUAGUUACAUAAAUUGAUCUAAAAAAUUUUUUCAUUUGGGCAGGGAAGCCUUAAUUUUACAAAAGAGUGUGUCAAUUUUUUUAUAAGGAUGUUUGGUAUUUUUGAUAGUGUGGUUUGUUUUUCACGGGUAAAUUUAAUUUUUGUGAGGAUUGAAGGUAUUUUUUAACCAUGGCGGUGACCGUAUAAAUUUUAAAGUUCAUGUGUGGCUUGAUGUGCAUUUACAUCUUAUCUAUUUACUACAAACGUGUAGACCGACUAUAUUACUUUUUGUAUAUAUACGUAGCAGGUUAGGAUAGGUUCGUAUAACUGGUAACAGUGUAAUUUUACUUUUAGUUGCUGACGACGAGGUAAAAGUAAUUUAGCCGAUUUGCUCAUUGUAGUUUAAUAACGCUAUAUCGCCUCUUUAAAAGAGGAAUUUUAAUGGAUGUCAAGAAUUUGCCACUAACAGUACAACGUUUAUUAUAAAUUACACAUUUAGCAUAUUAAUAGUUUUAUCAAGUGUAAAAGAUAUUUAUAGUCAAUAUUUUAAAAUUUGAAGUGACAAAAUUAAUAUUCUUUUGUGGUUUUCUAUGUAGUCCAGUAUACAACGGUAGAAAUGGGGUAUUACCUCCGAAUUCUUGACACACCCACCGAUUUUCAUG